AUGGCCGCCGGCUCCGUAGGACUCAGACACUCAGAAAGAUGGCUGCCGGCUCUACAGGACUCAGACACUCAGAAAGAUGGCCGCCGGCUCCGUAGGACUCAGACACUCAGAAAGAUGGCUGCCGGCUCCGUAGGACUCAGACACUCAGAAAGAUGGCUGCCGGCUCUACAGGACGCAGACACUCAGAAAGAUGGCCGCCGGCUCCGUAGGACUCAGACACUCAGAAAGAUGGCCGUCGGCUCCGACGCAGACACUCAGAAAGAUGGCUGCCGGCUCUACAGGACGCAGACACUCAGAAAGAUGGCCGCCGGCUCUACAGGACGCAGACACUCAGAAAGAUGGCUGCCGGCUCUACAGGACUCAGACACUCAGAAAGAUGGCCGCCGGCUCCGUAGGACUCAGACACUCAGAAAGAUGGCCGCCGGCUCCACUCUGGCCGCCCUAACGAGAAAUUCGAUAAAUCUGCUUCCAAACCAUCUCGCACAAGCUUUGCAUGUCCACUCUGGUCCUGAGGAAAUUAACAAGCGAAUAGAGAACGCCAUCGACUUACGGAGUGGCGAUAAGUUGAGAAGAGAGCAUAUCAAGCCUUUCUCUCUGAUGUUUAAAGACUCCAGCCUGGAAGAGAAGUACUCCCAGAUGAGGGACGAGGUGUUCAAGUCUAACCUGGUGUGCGCCUUCAUCGUGCUAAUCUUCAUCACCACUAUCCAAAGCCUGCUUCCCUCCGCCAGGAUGGUAACCAUGGUGAUCCAGUUCUCCGUGCUCAUCGUCCUCCAUUCCUGCCUCGUCCUCGUCACGACGGCAGAGGACUACAAGUGUCUGCCGCUGGUCCUGAGGAAAGCCUGCUGCUGGAUUAACGAGACCUACACAGCACGAAACGUCAUCAUCUUCGUCUCCAUCCUCAUCAACUUCCUGGCCGCCAUGAUCAAUAUACUGUGGUGCGAUUUCGACAAGUCCAGCACCUUGAGGAACCAGACGUACAACGAGUCGACCUCCAUCCCAGACAUCUGCUUCUACCCAGAGUACUUCGUGUUUACCGGCGUGCUGGCGAUGGUGACGUGUGCCGUGUUCCUGCGGCUGAACUCCGUGUUGAAGCUGGCCGUGCUGCUGGUGAUGAUCGCCAUCUACUCGCUGCUCACCGAAGCUUUCUACACCUCGCUGUUCGUCCGCUACGACACCGUCCACCACAACACAGAAAACUUCCUGGGAACCAAAGAGACGUCUUUGCUCCUGAUGGCCAUGUUCCUCCUCGCUGUGUUUUACCACGGCCAGCAGCUGGAGUACACGGCCCGGCUGGACUUCCUGUGGCGCGUUCAGGCCAAAGAGGAGAUCAACGAGAUGAAGGAGCUGCGAGAACACAACGAGAACAUGCUGCGGAACAUCCUGCCGAGCCACGUGGCCCGACACUUCCUGGAGAAGGACCGGGACAACGAGGAGCUCUACUCGCAGUCCUACGACGCUGUGGGUGUGAUGUUCGCCUCCAUCCCGGGCUUUGCAGACUUCUACUCUCAGACCGAGAUGAAUAACCAGGGAGUCGAGUGCCUGCGGCUUCUCAACGAGAUCAUCGCCGACUUUGACGAGUUGUUGGGUGAAGAUCGAUUCCAGGAUAUCGAGAAGAUCAAGACAAUCGGCAGCACCUACAUGGCCGUCUCCGGUCUGUCACCAGAGAAACAGCAAUGUGAAGAUAAGUGGGGUCACCUGUGUGCGUUGGCCGACUUCGCCAUUGCGCUCAAAGAGAGCAUCCAGGAGAUCAACAAGCACUCGUUCAACAAUUUCGAGCUGAGGAUCGGUAUGGCCCACGGCUCGGUGGUGGCAGGCGUGAUCGGCGCCAAGAAGCCGCAGUACGACAUCUGGGGGAAGACGGUGAACCUGGCCAGCCGGAUGGACAGCACGGGCGUGAGCGGCAAGAUCCAGGUCCCCGAGGACACCUACCUUAUCCUGAAGGAGCGCGGCUUCGCUUUCGAGUACCGCGGCGAGAUCUACGUGAAGGGCAUCAGCGAGCAAGAGGGCAAGAUCCGAACGCACUACCUGAUGGGCCGCGUGCAGCCCAACCCGCUCAUCAUGCAGCCGCGCAAAAUCACCGGCCAGUACUCGCUGGCGGCCGUGGUGCUCGGCCUGGUGCAGUCGCUCAACCGGCAGAAGCAAAAGCAGAUCCUCAACGAGAACAACAACUCGGGCAUCAUGAAGGGCCACCACCACUACAACAGGAGGACGUUGUUAGCGCCCGGUGUCUCCGAGGUGGGCGGCGGGCAUCACGCCGAGGUAGCCGAUAAGACUGAGCUGUCAUGA